AUGAGUUCAACAUCAGACGAAGCAUCAGCACUCACAGAUUCCCAAGACUCCUCCUACCUCUCCAUUCGCCUGAAGAACUCAGAGAACCUACCACCUCCUCCAUCCAAAACAACCUCUUCGAAGACCAAGAUGGCCCCCAAGCUUAAGAUCGCUGCUAUCCAAGCCGAGCCUGCCUGGCAGGACCUCGAGGGCGGUGUCAACAAGUCCAUCGCUCUUAUUGAGAAGGCCGCCAGCGAGGGCGCCAACGUUGUCGGUUUCCCUGAGGUCUUCAUCCCCGGAUAUCCUUGGAGCAUCUGGGCCAAGUCCCCCACCGACAAUGCCGCCUUCAUGGACGAGUACUUCCGCAACUCGCUUGUGAAGGACUCGGAUGAGAUGAAGCGCAUCUGCGCAGCUGUCAAGGAAGCUGGUGUCUUCGUCGUUCUUGGUUACAGUGAGAGAUACAAGAACACUCUCUACAUCGCACAGUCUUUCAUCGAUGAGAACGGUGUCAUCGUCCACCACCGCCGCAAGAUCAAGCCCACCCACGUCGAGCGCGCCUACUGGGGUGACGGCCAGGGCGAGUCCCUCCAGACCGUCGUUCCCAGCACUGUGCACCCCGACGUCCGCAUCGGCGGCCUCAACUGCUGGGAGCACACGCAGACCAUGCUCCGCUACUAUGAGUACGAGCAGAACGUCGACCUGCACGUCGCCAGCUGGCCUCUCAUCUGGCCCCAGCCCAACGACAAGGACGGCAACCCGGACCCCAACUGGCCCGGCCACAUCACCGACGAGAUGUCUCUGCGCUUCUCCCAGAUCGUCGCGCUUGAGGGCGCCUGCUUCGUCAUGGUCUGCACGCAGAUCUGCAAGGACGAGUCGGCUGCGCGCUGCCGCAUCGACGACUUCGGAUACGCCAACAACCACCCCACGCAUGGCGGCGGCUUCAGCAUGAUCUACUCUCCCUGGGGCCAGGAGCUCGCCACGCGUCUGCCGCCCAAUGAGGAGGGCAUCCUCUACGCCGAGGUCGAUCUUGCUGAGAAGGCCAAGGCGAAGCAGAACCUGGACAUUGUCGGGCACUACUGUCGCCCUGACCAGCUGAGUCUGCGGGUCAACAAGUACCCCGCCAGACCUGUCCACUACGCGGCUGACCCCUGA